CUCUUCUUUCUUUUUCGGAUCUACGAUUGCAGCGGGUUCUCACCCGAUACCCUGCCAUUUGCCCCACUCUCUGUUUCCCUCUAUCGCUCUGUCACGAAACAACAAUUGUAUCUCAGUUUUCGAUCGCCGAUGGGUUCACUCAAAAUGGAAGACAUGUCUCUGCCGACGCUCUUCGAGCAGGCUCGUAAAAUUCACCUUCUGGCAACCGACUCUGCCGCCGACAAGGAGGUGUUGAGAAAGGGCUGUGAAGCAUUACAACAGUGCGAGGAAAUGAUUAGCAAAUUAGGGUUGUUUUCAACUAACGAGACCAAGGAAGAUAUCAGCACUACAAAUCUCAAAUAUAUUCUGGUGCCGUUUUAUCUUGCUGAAUUGACAGAGAAGACUGGUGAGGAAGACAGGAUAGAGAUUUUGAAGGUUGCACAGGCCAAGUCAAAGGAGUUUCUUUCAUUCUGUGAUGCAAUGGAGCUUGUACCUGAAGAUGAGUUGGAAACAUCUGAACAAGGAGGUCAGAAUAGUUUUGUAGAUAGAAGGGCUAAGAAGAUUGCUCGUUUCAAGCGCCAACGUGCUGCAGAGUCAAAGCUUUUAGAAUUAAAGGAACGCAAAGAACGACGUGGGCGUUCAACUAAAGCUGCAGCCCCACUGUCUACUCCUGCCGAUGUCAAUGAUGUGCUAGAUGAUGAUGAUGAUGGUGAAGAGGAAAGGGAGGCAUGGCUUACAACAAUCUCAUUGGCUAUCUGCAAGGCUCUUGAUCUAAUGGAAAUGCUGAAGAAAGAGGAGGAAAUGCUUUCUGCAAUAAAGGAAAAGAAAGAGCAGGAAGGAGGAAUUGAAAUUUCCGAGGCUAUACUCGAGGAACGUGCGAAAACAGUAGAAGACUGGCAUCGAAAUGCCGCUGCUCGUGCUCGAUACAUGAAACCAGCAGCACCAAUUACAUGUGCUACUUUUGCUCAAGAUGUUUUGGAGGGAAGGGCCAAAGUAUCACAGCCACACGAUCACAAACACCAACAACCGCUCUUGUUUGGGCCGGCUAGUCUUGUGGGACCCGGUGGUGGUACAAGCCACAGGGAAAGGAUUGCUGCACAGGUUUUCCAACCUGGUCACAGAAUGCCAACAAUGAGCAUAGAAGAAGCUGGGUUGAAGGAGAUGGAUAUGAUGAAUAAAUGGCAAGAGAGGACUGCUAAGAUGAUAGAAGAAGCCAAUACUUCAUGGCAUAACGACAAGUGGAAGCCCAGGGCAGGUGGUGGUGAGGAUGAUGAAGAUGAAGAUGAAGAUAGGACAAGAGCUUUUGAUGACUGGAAAGAUGAGAACCCUCGAGGCGCAGGCAAUUCAAAGCUCACUCCUUGUGGCUAGCUUUGCUUUGCUUUGCUUUUUCUGAAUACUGCUGCUUCAUGUUGUACACGUCAUGUCAUUCAUAAUCAUUUAAGGCAGAUCAUAUGGAGAUUGGUGGAUAGAUUAUAUAUUUUUGCUAUGUAGAUUAAUGAUGAAACAAUAAUCACUAUAAAAGAUUAUGUUAUGCAUAUCACAAA